AUGACGCCCUACAUGGCCGAACCCGAGGAGUUUGUGACUGUGCAUGAGGGCAGUUUAGAGUUUGAGGAGGCCGUGAACGCUAUGGCAGAAGAGUGCUUUUUAUACUCUUAUCAAGGAAUAUUCUAUAAUAUGCCUUCACAGCGCGAUCUAGAACCCCCUUUUUAUUGUGUUACUCAGGGCCGCUACAUCGGAGUUUUUCCAUCACACAUCUGGGAUGGCGUGAAAUUUGAACUCCGGACACCAGGCAAUCGUGUUGCUACGUACUUUACUGUUCGGUCACUUGUCCUGGGAGAACAGAAAGUUCAUCGUGCCAUCCGACGUAGGCUUGCAGCAAGCAGGUGA